CUUUUUUUUUUCUACGUCAUUUACCGGAAGUCGCUCAUGAAUAUAGGGAAGUUACAAGUGCACCGGGAAGCGACUGCCGCUUUGUGCUGUCCGCUAAUGGAACGCUCCCUACCGGGUGAAGAUGUGAGUGAUGACAAGUGACGCGUUGGAGUCUCGCACAUUUAUCCUGGGUUGUCUCUUAUAUAAAUUGUGUGAUUUACAAAAACUACAAUAGAAGACCUCUUACUUGGAACCGGCUGAAUCAUCAAAUAUGGCUUUCCAACCGGAACCAAAGAAAGUUCGGGCUCUGAGUCUUGCAGGAAUUGCUCAAGUCUCCAAUGACAUCUCUCGAAAGUUUUUGGAUCGCAGCGAUUUGUCCCGGCUUUUAAGAAUUGCUUCAAAUUUUCUUAAGGAUCACACUCAAGUGCUGGUGGAGCUCGACAGCUUCUUCGUUUGUGAUCCUAAUGCCAAAAUCAAACUUGUGUUUGUAGAAGACAGUGUUUUAGUAAAGAACAUUUUUAUCAUGUCCUCCUCUAUGCAAGAGCUGGCACAAAAAUACCCCGAGAACCUUUAUAUUGACUUCUUCAGUAAUAUCGGCCCUGGGCUGAACUUGUACAGCGUUUCCUGUGAAGAUGACUCCGGCUGGAAGAUGUGCGCUUGCUGCUUAUCGAAAACUAAUAACCAAGACACAUUGAGGUUUCUUAUUGUUUCUGUUUUGCAAAGUAUGCCGAAAAUGAAAGCGCAGAUCAAGUCCCUUAUACUCCACCCGGAGAUCUCCCAUCCUUUGGACCUGAGCAUGCUCUUGCCCAACACAACCGUCAAGCACUGUAUGCUGUUAAUUGUUAGGGUCUUAGAACAGAAAAUCACUCAUUUACAAGCAGACACACAAACCCAGAUCAAGUCCUCUUUGCAAGCCAUGUUUCAAGCCCGCUCUCUGAAAGUCUACAAUCGCCAUCUCAAUGAAUUGAAAGCAUCAAGCCCUGGAGAAUUUUACCAACAUUACAUUGAUACCUGGCAUCCAAGUAGGAAGCUAUGGUGCACGAAAGACAGCAUAAGGAUAAGGACAGAGAAGUCAAUACAUGCUUACGUUGCCUCCCUCCAUUACACACUGUUGUCAAGAAUGGGCAUCUUGCCAUCCCUUUAUCAGUGCUUACGAGUCAUUCUUCGCCAAACCCACGAAUUAGAAAGCGUUCCUGAUGCUUUAUUCGAGGUGGAUUCUCAGCCUGUGCCUGAUUCACCCCCAAAUCCAGAGCAACAGGCUUCUGAAGAUAAAAAGAAUGAAUUGGAGCAGAUGGAGUUUUAUAGUUGGGAGGAUUUUCAGUCCUUUUUAAAUAUUUGGUGUGAAGAGCAGAAAAUUAUAUUUAUUAUACGUAAUUCGAUCCCCCUGAGUAAUGAGGACAUCAGCAGCGAUCUGAUGCAGUCUCUGAAGUACAGUAUGGUGAACCUUGGCUGCAGCAGCUAUACAAGGAAGCGGUGUCCUGCCACCAUUCAGCUGCGCUUAGGCCCAGAGAUGGACAAGCUGAUCAUCACAAAAGCCGACCUCAAUCACUGCCACGAUUCAGAAAUCGACCUCCCUUCGCGUUUCACCAGGAAACCUGCCUCCUUCGUGGAAGCGCCGGCGGAAAAGCCAACCGACGUCCCCGACAAAUUCAUGGACAGAACAGAUCUGACCAAGCUUCUUCAUUUACAGUUCCCCUUUGGCCGGGAGUCCCAAUUUCUAGAUGAACUCGAGUCCCUUUUUAACACUGACCCCGAUGUAAAAAUCAAACUGGUUUAUUUCGACGACAAGCUUACAUUGAAAUAUAUAUUUUUCAUGACUACUGGCAUGCAGAACCUAAUGCAGCAUUUUUCCGAGCACCUUUACGUCGCCUUCCUUCCAGGUCUCAAUCAGGAAUUUGAUUUGUACUCCGUUUUUUUGCCAAGAUGAACAUUUUACGUGGAAAGUCUGUGCCUAUUGCUUAGCAC